AUGGAGUUGUUUUUGAUCCAGAGACUUGUACUACGAUUCUUGCUUUUUGUGCGGAUCAUGAAGAUUUUCUACUUGGAUUACAACUGCAUUCUCUUAUAUAGUGGGACGAAUGUUCCCUACGUUUUUGUCCCUUCGAAGCAAGCACUUGGCCGAGCCUGUGGUGUCACAAGACCUGUCAUUGCGUGUUCUGUGACUUCCAAUGAGGGAAGUCAAUUGAAGUCGCAAAUACAACAGCUCAAGGAUGCCAUUGAGAAACUCCUUAUCUAA